UAGUUAUACAGAGACAGAGUUUCUAGAGAGAGAAAACUCUCUUCACUCUCACCUAUCUGAUUAAUCAACCUCACCUUAUUUUCACCAAAUGGGUAUCCUCCAUUAUUGCUCUUCUCUCUUCAAAUCACUCACUUAGAGAGAGAUAUUUACAUAUACAAAAACAUAUAUACAUAUAUAUAUAUAGUUAUAUCAGUGUUCAUGGACUAUCUGAGAGAAAUAGAGGGAAAAAGAGCUCAUGAUCAUCAUCAUCAACCUCGACGUGUAUGUGUUCCCGGUCCGGUCAUCGUUGGAGCCGGACCUUCGGGGCUGGCUGCAGCGGCUUGUUUGAAAGAAAAAGGCAUAGUAAGUGUAGUUCUAGAGAGAGAGAGCUGUAUAGCAUCUUUGUGGCAGCUCAAGACUUAUGAUCGCCUUAGUCUUCACUUACCAAAGCAAUUCUGUGAGCUUCCACUCGUGCCCUUCCCAGAAGAGUUCCCAACUUACCCUACAAAGCAACAGUUCAUACACUACUUGGAACAGUAUUCUAAGAGGUUUGACAUUAGGCCGGUUUUUAACGAGGCAGUGAGCGGUGCCGAGUUCGAUAAGAGUGUGGGGUUUUGGCGCGUGAGGAGCGUGGGGGUGAAGGAUGGGGAGGAGAUGGAGUACGUGUGCCGGUGGCUGGUGGUGGCGACGGGGGAGAAUGCGGAGGCGGUGGUCCCGCAUAUUGAAGGAAAGGAGGAGUUUGGAGGGGGUAUAGUACAUACAAGUUUGUACAAGAGUGGUGAGGUGUAUAGAGGGAAGAAGGUUUUGGUGGUUGGGUGUGGAAAUUCAGGAAUGGAGGUGUGUUUGGAUCUUUGCAAUCAUGAGGCUAAGCCAUCCAUUGUGGUCAGAGAUAGAGUACACAUCCUACCUAGAGAGAUGCUGGGAAGAUCAACUUUUGGGCUGUCCAUGUUGUUGCUCAAGUGGCUGCCCAUCCGUCUUGUCGAUCGCUUCUUGUUGAUCGUGUCGCGGCUCAUGCUCGGUGACACUGCUCAGUUCAGCCUCACCCGGCCUCGAAUAGGUCCCCUCCAGCUCAAGAACUUGACCGGAAAGACACCGGUGUUGGAUGUUGGGACUUUAGCCAGAAUCAAAACUGGAGAUAUUAAGGUAUGUCCAGAAAUUCGGCAAUUAACGCACCAUGCAGUGGAAUUUGUCAAUGGGAGAAAGGAAAAUUUUGAUGCAAUCGUCUUAGCAACUGGUUACAAAAGCAAUGUUCCCUCAUGGCUAAAGGAGAGGGAAAUGUUUUCUCAGAAGGAUGGUCUACCCCUAAAACCAUUCCCAAACGGGUGGAAAGGCGAGUGUGGACUAUACGCGGUAGGGUUCACUAAGCGCGGCUUACUUGGUGCAUCAAUGGAUGCCAAGAGAAUCGCGGAAGACAUUGAACAGUGUUGGAAAUCCGAGGCAAAGCAUCUCACGGCCUUGGCAUGUUCAAUUUUGCCAAAACAAUGAUUUGUUUCGAGUUAGAAACAAAGAUUUGAUUGAAGAUUUUUGGAGAUUAAUGCUGGAGAACUUUGGCACAAUUCUAGUAACAAGAAGUUGCUUCACCAAAUAUGGAUAAAAAGAGAGUACUAAAAAAAGAGAUCAGUUUUAUCAAUGAAGCCUAGUUAUAUUUAAUUUCAUUGACACCAUGCAGACCAUGUGAAAGAGGAGCAAAUAGGAGUAAAAGUAAGAUGGAAGUUAUUGCGUGUGUGUG